AUGCGCAUUGCCUUGCCACGGAUCCUGUGCCACAUCCUCCUCUAUCUCCUGAUCUCGUCCAGCCCUGCAGCCUGCUACCCACGUUCCCCAAAUUGCCCACAACACCAGCAGCAGUCACAGCAUCCCGAGGACCUUGCCAUGAGCAUGAUGCACAACAGCAACUCCAAGCAGACCGCCUCGAACAUUGCCCAAAAGGCCGCCCAGGAGGCCAAGAAGGCGUCGGACACCCAGGCACCUGCGGCCCUGGCUGCCGCCCGCCAGGUGAAACACCAGCUGGCCGAGAAGGCCAUUGCUGCGGCCAAAGCCGCCGAGGCGGCGCUGGCGGGGAAGCAACAGAUUAUGGAGCAGCUGCAGGACGAGGUGCAAGAGGCUGAGAUUAUCGUGCAGGAGGAGACCUACUCACUGGUUAGCUCACAGUCAAAUGUCAAUGCCGCUGUUUGCACAGCGAAACAAUGUCAAACGCUGUUGAAUUCCCUUCGAGGUUCGGUGAAAGUCGCCGAGGAAGCACUGAACAAUGCCGAGGCAGCUGCAUCCGGUGCCCAGCAGGAGUUGUGCGAAAAGAACCAGCUGGUGGACACCGCUCGCCAGCGAACAGAGAUGCUGAUGCAGCAGCUCCGCUCGGCCAAACUGGACUACACCAACACGAAGAAGGCGGCCUACAGGGCCGCCUGUGCCGCCAGCGAAGCCAGAAACAAGGCUGUAAGGGAUCGAAGGUCCUACGAGAACGAUAUCGCUGCCACUUCCGGGCAGCAGCAGCAACAAAUGCUGCAGGAGCACGAGCAGCAGACACAUCAAGAUAUUAAGGGACCUGCGGCGGAGUGGGAGUAUAAUGAGCAGGGUAAAGCUAUAUUUUCUAAUUAAUGUCGACCAUGUUCAAUACAUUUUAU